GACUACUCGUAGGAGACCUAACCACGAUGUUUAUGUACUUAUUUGACUUUCGACCAAUCCUAUCCAAGAACAUUUCUCCUAUUUUAUGAUUAACUUGUCAAUUGGUACAAAGAAAUAUGCGGAAACAAAAGAUACACCGUUGUAGUAUGCACUUUUGUUGACCAAGAUACCAGUGUCAAAUUCUUCCAUGUUCUUCUUGGCAACUUCCAUUGAUCUCUGCAUUUGGUUUCUUCACUCUGUAAGUUAGUUGUUACUAACUGCAGCGGCUACAAAUCCAUCUCUCCCACAGCUGAUUCUACCGCCGGACAUGGAAGCCGUCGAUUCACGCCAAGAUCAACACCACCACGCUGCAGCAGUGAUCAAUGGCGAGAGGGAGCUGGAGCUCGUCGGAGAGCGCGACAAUACCGCUUCCACCUCACCUGUCGUCGAGCAAGAAGGGCCCGAUCCAAGAACCGACGGCCCGCGACCGCCUGGGCGGGCGCGCCGCCUCGUCCGGAGGCUCCGCCCGGCGAACGUCGCGCGCGCGUGCGGGCGGUGGCUGAAGCACCCGGCGCACCUCGCCCUUGUCGCGUGGGCGCUCUGCGUGGCGGCGUCCGGCUCUAUGCUGGGCCUCCUCCUCCUCGGAGCCCUCGACGGCGCCUUCCCGCGCAGGUCCCUCCGCAACCGUUGGAUCGAGAUCAACAACCAAGUCCUCAACGCGCUGUUCACGCUCAUGAGCAUCUACCAGCACCCCGCUCUGUUUCACCAUGCCGUCCUGCGGCUCUGGUGGCGGCCAGGCGACGCCAAGGAGCUCAGGGAGGCCUACUGCAGGAAGGGCGCUGUCGCCGGCGCGUGCCCCCGCCGCGGCGAGCGGGUGCACAUGUCCGUCGUGGUCGCGCUCCUCCACGUUACCUGCUUCGCGCAGUACGCCAUGUGCGGGCUCUAUUGGGGGUACUCGCGCAAGGCCCGGCCGGACGCCGCCGAGACCUCGCUCGUCGUGGUCGGCACCGCCACGCCGAUUUUCGCCGGCCUGUACAUGUACUUCAGCCCUCUGGGGAGGAAACACGGGCCAAGCGUGCACCAAGAACCGGACGACCGUUCAGUCUCUGACGACGACGGCGGCGCGGUUGAAGUGGUGAUCGCCGCCGGGAGAGCGGAGUGGGCGGGCGGGCUGCUUGACGUCGGCGACGACCCAACGGCGUGCUGGCUCUCGUGCCUCUGCACGUUCUGCGUGUUCGGGUGGAACAUGGAGCGUCUGGGCCUCGGGAACGCGCGCGUGCACGCCGUCAUGUUCGCGCUGCUGUGCUUCGCGCCGCUGUGGGUGCUCAACGUCGCCGCCAUGAACAUCCGGGACGAGGCCGUCGGCGACACGGUCGGCGUGGCGGGGGUCCUGCUGUGCGCGCUCGGGAUGCUCUACGGCGGGUUCUGGCGCGCGCGGAUGCGGCGGAGGUACGGGCUCCCUGGCAGUCAUGCGUGCUGCAGGGCCUCGCCGUCGCUCGCGGACUACGUGCAGUGGAUGUUCUGCUGGGGCUGCGCGUUGGCGCAGGAGGUGCGCACCGCGAACCUCCUCCUCGACGUCGAGGCUGGCAGUGUCCACCAUAGAGACUCCGGUAACGGGCGAGUUGAUGCCACUACUCUGCAUCCUAUGCCGAGGGAAAAUGGAGUCAUGUCGCCAUGUCAAGCAGGGGCUUCCGAACUUGCAAUGGCGGGGACCAUUGACGCCCACUCUAUUCGGCUGGCGAGUUACUCGCCGUGUCGAGGCGACGAGUCACCAUUGCUGCGGCAGGAGCGGGGUAGUAGCUCUUCUUCUGGGGAAAUGAGGCCGCCCGUGCCGCCGUCGAUACCGGACGGAGAACGUCGGCGAGUUCAGUGACAGUAAAAUAUGGGUGUACAGAAUACAGAGAUCAGACAAUGUCUUACUGUUUACACUGCUUUUUCCUUCUCAACUUGUUUUUUUUUUCUGAAUACAUUUCUAUAGCCUGCUCCAAUCUCGAAACUCAAAAAACUUGUGGUGAUUUUUCAGUUUUGAAUCGAUGAACAAAGAGGCAUAUCACAUUGCUUUUCAUUCAGAACACGACGUUGAAAUAUGAUUAUAUUGGCUCUUGGGUGAGCUCAGAUGGCAAGCACGAGGCCAGGGAGGUUCCUACGAGCCCGGUCCGGGAGCCGGCUCUGCCACACCUGCUUCGAUUGCGAGCAUGCCGCAUUCGUCGUCGUCGCCGACGCCGCGUCGGCACUGCUGCCGAGCAUUGUCACGACGAGCGCGGUGUUGCAGUAUUCGCGCACCUCGGUGACGCGGCCGCUGGGGCCCACGGUCCACGCGUGCACCCAGUAAAGCGCGCCCGUCGCGUCGGUGCCCUCGGCCAGCACGGUCGGCCCGAAGGCGUCCACGGACCGGACCGUGAACGGGAGUCCGCCCUGCGCGGCGCCGGCGCCGCCGGUAAGCAGGCGCAUGAGCACCAGGUGCUGGUGCGCGCGUGGGCCGUGGAACCACCAGUCCACGUCCGGGUUCAGCAGCCGGCGCACGGCGUCCCCGUCGCCGCGCUCCAGCGCGCGGUACAGCUCCUCCACCACCGCCUUGCUGCUCACCGCCUCGGCCGCGCCGCCGUCGUCGAGUCGUAUGCCGGCAUCACCGGCGACCUGGCCCUUCUCGCUAGCCAGCUUGGUGGAGUGAGCGAAGUCUCGGAAGAGGAGGGGAGAGAGAUAGCUUGUUAACUAGUGGUGGCUGUGUAGGAGUGUGAGUGCCGGAGAGGUGGAGUGGAGGGAGAAGAGGUUGUCACCUCCUUAUAUAGGAGGACCAUGUGUCUUGGCUUUGUCAUGUGAGUAGGAUACCAAAAGAAUAUUGAUUUUUUCUGGACCAAGCAAUUGAUAAUGCGAUUCAGUUAUAGGUAUAUAUCUUGUUGAUGUAGGAUUCCAAAAGCAUAUAGAGUUUUUUUUUCUGGAUCAAGCAACUGGUAAUGCGAUUCGGUUAUAAGCAUAUAUCUUGGAUUGUUGGUGCAAGUUAAUUAUU